AUGCAGAAGUCCGUCUCUGUCUCUGCGGCCCUGCUCGCCGCCCUCCCUUCGGUCAUGGCCGUUGGCAAGGCCAUCGUCAUCAACAACUGCGACAGCGCCGUCAAUGUCUGGACUGCCGAUACCGAGCGUGGCCAGCUCGGCCCCGAUUCCCUCAAGGCUGGUGGCCAGUGGUCUGAGGAGUACCACAUGGUCGGCGACGGCAGCGCCAGCAAUGGUGGUGUUUCGAUCAAGCUCAGCACCACCGACUCGUGCGAGGGUGCCAUCACCCAGUACGAGUACACUUACAGCUCCUCGGGUGAGCCUGACCUCUGGUACGACAUCUCCAACGUCAACUGCAAGGGCGAGGCCUGCCCCUUCUACGUCGGCGGCUUCUACCUCGAGGCCGAUACCCCGGUCGACUGCGGUCCCCUGACGGCCCUUUGCGACGCCGUCUACAACCUGUGGAACGAUGACAAGGCCACCCACGGCACCGAGUCCUCCAAGGACACCACCCUCUACCUCUGCGGCAAGGAUGGCUCGUCCUCGUCCGUCGAGAUUUCGACCGAAGAGUCUUCCUCGACCGCCUUCACUUCGUACUCGUCCACCAGCUUCGAGGUCACGCCCACCCCGACCUACGCCGCUUCGUCGACCCAGAUUCCCACGACUCUCGUCACGUCGACCCCCGUUGCGCAGGUUCAGGCUGAGAGCUUUGUCGGCGACGUCAAGGCCGCGGCUGUUGAGGAGGAGGAGAACAUCAUCACCGAGGUCGUCACCGAGUACGCCACUGCCGUCGUCACCCAGUGGGCCAAGCGCUCGCCCGAGCCUCACGCGCACCACAGGCGCGAGCACCGUCACCACGGCCACCCCCACUACCGCAAGUAA